AUGGUUCAGUUCAGUAAGGGUGACUUUUUAUGGCUCGAACCCAUUACAAAAAGUCGACUCAUUUGCCCAAUCGGUGCACGAAUUCUAGAGAUUAAGGAUGACAAAUUCAGGGUGAUCGAUGAUUUUGCCCAGGAGCAUUGGUUACCAAUAGAUCGUCCUUAUCGUAUGAUGCAUGCAACUUCAGUGCAAGGUGUUGAAGAUAUGAUCAGUUUAGGUGAUUUGCAUGAAGCUGCAUUACUUCGAAACUUAUUCGUGCGCUAUAGCAAUAAGCUCAUCUAUACAUACGUCGGUUCUAUACUAAUAGCAGUAAAUCCAAAUAUGCCUUUGCCUAUUUAUUCAAUAGAACAAAUUCGGUUAUACCGUAAUCGACGGAUCGGUGAGCUUCCGCCUCAUAUCUUUGCAAUUGCUAACUCUGCCUAUUGCAAUAUGAAAUCAAGUAAUCGAGAUCAAUGUAUUCUUAUUAGUGGUGAAUCAGGUUCAGGCAAAACAGAAUCUGCAAAACUGAUUAUCCAAUUUCUGGCAACCGUAUCUGGCCAACAUUCCUGGAUUGAACAACAAGUUUUAGAAGCAAGUCCAAUUAUGGAAGCGUUUGGAAAUGCGAAAACGAUGCGAAACGACAAUUCGUCACGCUUUGGACGUAAUAUCAAUCUGUGCUUCACAUGUAAUGGGGCAAUUGAAAGUGUCAAAUUUGAGCAUUAUUUACUGGAAAAAUCACGGGUCGUUUCGCAAGCGUUAGAUGAAAGGAAUUAUCAUAUAUUUUAUUGUCUCCUAGCUGGUUUAACUGCAUCGGAGAAGCAAGAACUGUCCCUAAGUAAUGCCAGUGACUUCUAUUACUUGAAUCAGGGUGGUGCGCUAGAAGUGGAAGGCCGAGAUGAUGCAGCCGAUCUGGUCGAAAUUCGUUCUUCCAUGAAAGUUUUGAUGUUCAAAGAUUCCGAAAUUUGGUCCAUUUUCAAAAUUCUUGCUGCAAUAUUACAUGCUGGUAAUAUUAAAUAUAUCGCUACAUCAAUUAACGGUAUGGAAGCAGCGGAAAUUAGAGAUACGGUUGAAAUCGGAAGAAUUGCUAAUCUUCUUUCAAUGGACAAGCAAUCAUUGAUGAAUGCGUUGACAAGUCGAAGUUUAAUGAUUGGAAUGGAACGGGUUGUUUCGUAUUUGAAUGCUGAACAAACUCUUAAUGUACGGGAUGUCUUCGUCAAAGCAAUCUACCAUCGACUUUUCCUUCGUAUUGUUGAGAAGAUCAAUGAGGCUAUGAAUGGGUAA